UGACUGAGAGGUGAAAUGGCGCAGAAAGGAGUUCAGCUGGACCGGGAAACUUUCUCUUGUUCCAUCUGUCUGGGUCUACUGAAGGAUCCGGUGACGACUAUAUGUGGACACAACUACUGUAUGAAGUGUAUUAACAGCCACUGGGAUGCAGAGGAUCAGAAACCGGUCUACAGCUGCCCUCAGUGCAGGAAGGCCUUCACAACGAGGCCCAAACUGGAGAAAAACACCAUGUUAGCAGAUUUAGUGGAGCAGCUGAAGAAGACUGGACUCCAAGCUGCUCCUGCUGACCAUUGCUAUGCUGGAGCUGAAGAUGUGGCCUGUGAUGUCUGCACUGGGAGAAAACUGAAAGCCUUCAAGUCCUGUCUCACCUGUCUGGUCUCUUACUGCGAGAAACACCUCCAGCCUCAUUAUGAUGUAGCUCUGUUAUCCAAACACAAGCUGGUGGAGCCCUCCAAGAAGCUGCAGGAGAACAUCUGCUCUCAGCACGAUGAGGUGAUGAAGAUUUACUGCCGUACAGAUCAGAAGUCUAUCUGUUAUCUCUGCUCUGUGGACCAACAUAAAGGCCACGACACGGUCACAGCUGCAGCAGAACGGACGGAGAGGCAGAAAGAGCUGGAGGUGAGUCGACUCAACAUCCAGCAGAGAAUCCAGGACAGAGAGAAAGAUGUGAAGCUGCUUCAACAGGAGCUGGAGGCCAUCAAUCUCUCUGCUGAUAAAGCAGUGGAGGACAGUGAGAAGAUGUUCACUGAGCUGAUCCGUCUCAUGCAGAAAAGAAGCUCUGAGGUGAAGCGGCAGGUCAGAUCCCAGCAGGAAACUGAAGUGAGUCGAGUCAAAGAGGUGGAGGAGAAGCUGCAGCAGGAGAUCAGAGAGCUGAAGAGGAAAGACGCUGAACUGAAGAAGCUCUCAAACACAGAGGACCACAACCAGUUUCUCCACAGCUACCCCUCACUGUCAGCACUCAGCCCGUCUACAUCCAGCAUCCAGAUCCGUCCUCGCCGCCGCUUUGACCACGUGACAGCGGCCGUGUCACGAGUCAGAGACAAACUGCAGGACGUCCUGAGAGACAAAUGGACAGACGUCUCACUGACUGAAGCGGAUGUUUUACUGUCAGAUUCACCAGCAGAGCCCACGACCAGAGCUGAGUUCUUAAAAUAUUCAUGUGAGAUCACACUGGAUCCAAACACAGCAAGCACACUGCUGUUAUUAUCUGAGGGGAACAGAAAAGCAACAUGCAUGAGUAAUCAUCAGUCCUAUCCAAGUCACCCAGACAGAUUCACUGGAUGGUGUCAGGUCCUGAGUAGAGAGAGUCUGACUGGACGAUGUUACUGGGAGGUGGAGUGGAGAGGGGAUGGAGUUGAUGUAGCAGCUUCAUACAAGAACAUCAGCAGAGGGUUGUUUAAUGACUCUGGAUUUGGAGACAAUGACAAGUCUUGGUCUUUAGAAUGUGACAACAACAAAAAUACAUUUCGCUACAACAAUAUCAAAACUCCCGUCUCAGGUCCUCGGUCCUACAGAGUGGGAGUGUACCUGGAUCACAGAGCAGGUAUUCUGUCCUUCUACAGCGUCUCUGAAACCAUGACCCUCCUCCACAGAGUCCAGACCACGUUCACUCAGCCGCUCUAUGCUGGACUUAUGCUUUAUUAUCAUGGAGAUACUGCUGAGUUCUGUAAACUCAAAUAACCAAAGUCAUUUAAGGGACAACAGGUUAAAAUGUGUCUUAACUCUUAAAGCUCCCAUAUUGUUCACCUUUGUUGUGUUUUAUAAGAAUAUACAUUUGUGGUUUUACGUUCUAAAAUCCAUCUGAGUUCAGUUGUUCAUCUGCUCUCUCAGCCUCCUUCUGCAGCUCCAGCAGCUCAGAUCGUGUUGGGCCUGUCUCAUUAAUAUUCAUGAGCCUUUCUUCUGAUUGGCUGACAGUCUUGAGUGACACCCGGCCAGGCUAACCACAGUUAACGGUUUGCAGCCACGAUAAUGUGUAUACUGCCGUAUCCUAUAGGAGCAGCUUCUUUGAGUGGCAGAUUUUUAGGAAGCAGUCAGAAAAUAUAUUUUCACAGUAUUUUUAUUGCGACUGCACCUGCUUUAUAAUCACAAGACUUGUAACUGGUGUUUUUCUACAAUAAGGGACCUUUAAACUGAUUUCUUUCCAUGUUUGUUGCUGAGAGCUCAUCGUUGUGGCAUUUCUUCUCUGCAGAGAUCAGCUGUCAAUCAAACAUUAUGGGCGGGCUUUGACAUCUGCUCAUUAGUUGUUCUGUAGAUGUUUAACUUUCCUUCCUGUGUCUGUUGAGCCGCGGAGGCUUUCACUGCUCAUGAUGACUGUUGUUCACCUCAACUCAUAUUUCUCUGCAGGAAAAUGUACAUUUCUCUCCAAAUGUUUGUUGAAUAUUUGUAUGUUGUUGUUGUUGUUUUUCUUUUAUGCAUGGGUCUGAAGAGAGAAAGCUCCAGAUAUUCAAAGAAAAUGUGUAAAAAAAAACUAGAAUUAUAUCUACAUUUAUUUGUUUGUUAGACCAAAUGUUGCUGUUAUAAUCAAAACACAAAUGAGGCUCUAUGAUGUAUUAUACAACUAUAAUUAUCAUGUUCAUAAUCAAUAAGGAAAUAGUCAUUAUUAUCUUGUAUAUCUCUGAGAUUCUGAUCAAACUAAUUGAUUGUGUGGAUGAAGUGAAUCUGUACAAGAAAUCAGUGAACACAAAUCAUUUAACAAACUUCACUGAUGGGAUGUGUGAAAAAACUGUUUAUAUAAUGAAUAAACAAACAUAAACAAAGUAUUUUCUUCUGGUCUUAAUUCCAGGGUUUGAUAUAAAGCUGAUGGAUAAAUGAUGAGACUAAUAUGAGAUAUAACUGAGGCUGUUCUCCUGAAACAACACAAAGUUCACUGUUCAUGUUGAGAGCAGAAGAACAUUUGUCAGUCAGUCUCUCAUUUCUCCAACAAAAGCUGUUUU